AUGUCCCACGACAUCGCCUACCAUGAUGAGGCUAACACGUUCUCCGUCCUUAUUGGUAGCAAGCAAAAUGCAAAUCCCGGACAAUUUAAGGCCGAACAGCCGGCGCCAUGGGAGUACAGAGCAAAACUGGUAAUCAAAGAGUAUCCGAAAUCCAUAGACGAAUUCCUGAAGGUCUUCGUCGCGAGCGAGGAGCGUUGUCCCCACAUCAAAUCCAAAGGCCUCUUCCAAUCUUCGAAUGGAUUCAAAGGCCAAGGGGAUGAUUUUGCUCAACAGCUGGUAGAAGGCCUAAAUGCGAUGUCGUUCGAGUUGCCUGAGGCAAAGGGGUUGGACUUUGUGAACACUGUGGGAGAAACUAUUGUCUUUCGCGAUGAAGACAAUGUCACGCAAGGCCCUGCCUCCUCGCCUGCCAUCGUCGCAUCAUACCCAGGCAUACGUUUUCAAGGUGGACGAGUCCCUAAGUGGCAUCAGAUAUCCAUCGCGUUGCAGGUCAGGCUGCGCAAGGACGAGGAUCCAGUCGGCAGGUACGCAAACAGGGACGAGGAAACUCUGUUUGAGCUUCUGCAGACGGCGCGCAACAUUCUUGUAACAGGCCGCACGCUCUUCGCAUUCGUUGUCGGAAUCUAUGGUAACACUGCACGUAUCUUCCGGGUCGACCGCACCGGGGUGGUUGUAUCACAGUCCUUCAACUAUAUCGUGCGGCCCAACCUCUUUCGCGAGUUCCUGUGGCGCUUUACUCACCCGACGGUGGGCGGUAUGUUUGUCGGUGCAGACCCCUCUGUAUCUUUGCCCACGGAGCAAGACCUCCACUGGGCGCGACAGAUUUUGCAUAAGCAGAAUAUGACGGACGUAUAUCUCGAAGCUAGUCGUUGGGUUGCAAUCGAGAUGCCUGACAAAUCGCGCAAGAAGUUCCUUACCGCCAAACCCGCUUCCAUCUCGCUGGAUCUGUUCGCGCGCGGCACAAAUGUCUGCCUUGUGAUCCAGCAAUCUUCCACCAACGGUAAACUUCAAGUCCUGAAGGAAUCAUGGUGUGAUACUAAACAUGAGCCCGAGAUCAAAUUUUACGAAGAGAUUCGUGUCAGGAACCCCGGUAAACUCUUUGGUGUCGCGGACUUCAUUUGCGGCCAGGAUCUGGGCAAGGCGGAAACCGACCGUCUCGUAGCUCUAGGAACCGCUUCUGGUACUCUGCCUGCGGCUGCUUCUACUCAAAAUGCUGCUCCUCGGCUCACUAUCAGACUUCCGGCUGCUCGAAUCGCGCGUACUAGGAUGCAAACUCGGUCAUCGAAGAACGAUUGUCCCCCACCUCCAGUCGCUCCAGGUCACAACACGGUGGCACAUUGGGAUCACCGUAAGCAUGCUGCAGAUCAUGCCAAUCGGCGUAGCCACAUGCGGCUCCUCUACAAUACAAUCGGCCGAGAACUCACGAAUAUCACAUCUACCAGAGAGCUCGCUGAGGGAAUUCGUGACGCUAUCAAAGGCCAUCGUACCGUCUUCGAGGCCGGGGUGCUGCACCGGGAUAUCAGUGAAGGAAAUGUGAUGAUCGCUGACGGCGAGGAAUUCAAGGGCUUCAUUCAUGAUUUCGACAUGGCCAUGUUGCGGGAGAACGAGCCGGAUAGGUCAGGCGCGAUCUACGUAAGCUUCGUCACAUAUGCACCUACAUUCGCUGAUGUCUGCCUCUAG